AUGGAGAAAUCAACAGACCCUAAGCUUGAGAUGGCCGCCACAGCGAGCGAAACGCUGGAAUGCUCGGCAGGGCAGGUGGACCAAGGCAUGCGAGCCUGGACGGUGGUUGCAGGAGCGUGGUGCUGUCUGUUUUGUAGCUUCGGCUGGGUCAAUGCAAUUGGAGUCUUCCAGGACUAUUAUCAGAAAAAUCAGUUGCACUCCUACACGGCUUCCAGCAUCUCAUGGAUUCUGUCUCUGGAGCCAUUCGUCCUUUUUGCUGCAGGGAUCGUCAUCGGCAGGUUAUUCGACAACUACGGCCCUAGAUGGCUGCUUCUCACGGGGACGUUUCUCCAUGUUUUUGGCUUGAUGAUGACGUCCAUCUCUAGCGAGUACUAUCAAUUCAUUCUGGCUCAAGGGAUCUGCAGCCCGCUCGGUGCCAGCUUCAUUUUUUAUCCUGCACUCUCCUCCACUGCGACAUGGUUUGACAAGCGACGGGCUCUGGCCUUUGGAAUUGUCUCCAGUGGCUCGUCUCUGGGGGGGGUUAUCUUCCCAACCAUGCUCUCUCGACUUCUGCCCAGAAUCGGAUUCGGCUGGUCUCUUCGGAUCCCUGCGUUCAUAGUGCUUGCGCUACUAAUCGUUGCUAAUUUGACUGUUCGAUCCCGAGUUGCGCCGGUUCUACGACCGGUCAAGCUCAACGACUAUAUCGGCCCUUUUUCUGAGCUUCCAUUUAUUCUGUUGAUGCUGGCAGCCUGUUGUGGUUUCUUCGCCAUGUUCGUGCCCAUCAAUUAUGUGAUCCUGGAGGCCCAAGAAGACAGCGUCAGCCGCGAAUUGGCCAGCUAUCUGCUAGCCAUUCUGAAUGCUGCAAGUCUCCCCGGUCGCAUUCUUCCCGGGUAUUUAGGCGAUAAAUUUGGUCGAUUCAACGUUAUGAUCGUCAUGUGCACACUUUCUGCCAUCGCCAUCCUGGUUCUCUGGCUUCCCGGGACUUUGCUUGCGCCCGGAUCCGCUGCCAUAUACGUGGUGUUUGUUCUGCUAUACGGAUUUGCCUCAGGUGCCUUCGUCGGCAUGGUGCCGGCUCUUCUCAGCCAGAUCUCUGCCGACGUCUCGAAGAUCGGAGUCCGUCAGGGUGUCCUGUUCACUUGUCUUAGCAUCGCAUCUCUCACGGGGAGCCCCAUCGCAGGGGCCAUCCUUAAUCGCCAGCACGGGACGUACUGGGGGUUGCAGGUGUUUGCAGGUGCGAUGAUGCACGUAAUAUCGAUCAUCAUGGCGGCAGCAUUCAACAUCGCCGAGGCGCCCUCUCGCUUCCCCGCUCUAAACCAGCAGCAGGUCUUUAUGGACAAUGCCGGGGGUAGUCAAGUGCUUGGCUCUGUGAUUGAAUCGAUCAAGGCCUACCUCUCCAACACCAAUGUCCAGCUCGGCGCCACUUAUCCCGUUGCGCAGUCGUCCAUGGACGCGUACGCCAAGGGCUGCAAGGCAGGUGCCGAGUUUAUCAAUGCUCGACCAGAGGAGAUUUCCAUCGGUGUUUCAACCACUCAGAACUAUCUCAACAUCGCCACGGCCUUGUCUUUUGAGCCUUUGGACGAGCUGAUUAUCUCGGUCCUCAACCACGAGGCCAAUACUAAUUCGUGGGUGCGGAUCGCAAAGCUAUUAGGCCUGACUAUCAAAUGGUGGACGCCUAAGAACCCCACGAAUCCCGAUUGCGAUAUUGAGACUUUGAAGCCCUUGUUGUCUGAGAAGACCAGAUUGGUGGCUUUCCCACAUGCCUCGAACAUCACGGGCACGAUCGCAAACGUGAAGGAGAUUGCGGAUGUUGUUCAUCAGUUCCCUCGGGCUCUGGUUUGCGUGGACGGUGUCGCACUUGCUCCGCACAGACCGGUCGACGUCAAGGAAUUGGAUGCCGACAUCUAUGCUUUCUCCUGGUACAAGGUCUACGGACCCCACGUUGCCCAGAUCUACUGCCACAGCCGCAUCCACGACCAGAUCAACAUGCUAGGCCACUACUUCAAGGCCUCGGAGCCGCAGACCCUCGAGACCAAACUCACCCUCGCCUCGGCAAACUAUGAACUUACCCAGUCGAUCCCGGAAAUCACAGCUUACUUUGGACCGGACCGCGCGUCGGCUUGGAAGGCCAUCGCGGACCACGAGGAGGAGCUCCAGGCCAUUCUCCUCGACUAUCUUCGUAGUAACGACAAGAUAACUAUCAUCGGAGAGCCGUCGGCGGACCAGCACCGGAGGGUCCCGGUUAUUAGCUUCCUGGUUAAGGGAUGGAAGAGUCAGGCGAUUGUGAAAGAGGCCGAAAAGCGAUCGAACUUUGGGUUCCGUGCUGGGCAUAUGUACAGCCACCGGCUGUUGCAUGGUGUGCUGAAGGUUGAGGAUCCGGAUGAUGGGGUGGUGAGAAUUAGCUUCUUGCACUAUAAUACCGUGGACGAGGUCAAAGGUCUAGUAGAUGUUUUGAAGGCAGUGCUGGAGGGAUAA